UCUGCAAAGAUGUCAGAGACAAGGGCAGCAACAAAGGCAGCUGCAGAGAAAAAAACAGAACCAACAGAGGUGCAGUCAUUAUAAGACCAGACUCAUCCAACACAUAACAUAAUAGAGUUAGAUAGAGAAGAAAAAAAAAAGAGAGAGAGAAAGAAAGAGGUGGUGGUGGCAGAGAGCCAGAAGCAUCAUCAGAGAGAGCCAUUAGUAUUAUCCACGCACAGGAGAAGAAUCUGAAAAAAAAUAUAUAUAGAAAGAAAGAAAAUUAAAAAACAUUGGCCCCUCCACAAAACAUGUCCUUCAAAGACCAUCAUCCCAGUUAGACGACAUAACAAAAAAAAAAAAAAAAAAAGAAAAAGAAAAGACUCUAUUUUUUGCUUACCCUUUUGAAAUCUUUUGAUGCUGUUGCUCAUCUUCAUCAAUAGUGUGUUUUAAACUCACAGCACUUUCUUUUUGUGUCUCCCAACAAAAAAGGAAUGAUGAGUGCAAGUUUAAGUGGUAGUGCAAGGAACAGUAGUAGGUCUCCUUUCACCCCAAAUCAGUGGCAAGAACUUGAACAACAAGCUCUUGUUUUUAAAUACAUGGUUACAGGUGGUGCAGUUGGGUAUGCAUAUUUUCAAAUGGGGUUUGGCAGAAAAGUAGACCCGGAGCCAGGAAGGUGCAGAAGAACAGAUGGCAAGAAAUGGAGGUGCUCAAAGGAAGCAUAUCCAGAUUCUAAGUACUGUGAAAGGCACAUGCACAGAGGCAGGAACCGUUCAAGAAAGCCUGUGGAAAUUUCUUCAUCAUCAACCACAAACACAAACACAAACACAAACAACAACAACAACACUUCCUCUUCUCAAGUCAUGAAUCAUCAUCAUCAAUCUUCUUAUACUGUUAACUGCACCAAUGAUAGCAAUAAUAAUAAUAACAUGGCUUCUUCAACAGCUUGUUCUUUCAGUUUCAACCCAUCUGAGUCACAGCAGCAGCAUCAAUACUUCUCCCAAUCUUACCAAAACCCCUUCUUUUACACCCAAUCAACGUCUUCUUCUUCUUCUUCUAAACACCAUGAUGCUGAUUUUCCUCCUCAUGAUGCCACCACACACCACUUAUUCAUGGACUCCGGCUCUUAUUCUCAUGACCAAAAGGACUAUAGGCAUAUUCAUGGAAUGAGGGAGGAUGUGGAUGAAAGAGCUUUCUUUCCAGAAGCUUCUGGUUCAGCUAGGAGCUACCUUCAUGACUCAUAUCAGCACCACCACCAACAACAACAACAGCAUCUAUCAAUGGGUUCCUACAAGAACUACUCAUCAAAUUCCCAUUUCCAAAUCAUGAACAACAAUAGUAAUAACGACGAUCCAAGAAACCAAGAGCAACAUUGCUUUGUGUUGGGGACAGACUUC